CGCAGCUGUGGAGCAGCUUCAAGGAGUUUGGUUAGGCCUGUUACACUGACUCUUACCCAUGGAUACCACAACAUACGCAGUCUGACUGAAGAUAAUCUGAAGAAAUCAUGCGGGCGACAGCAGGAGGCAGCUGGGGUGCCGUCAGCUUGUUUUCUGGUGUUUGGUGUAUUUUCAGCCUUGAGACGUUGCUGGUGCACGGACAGGGAGGUGAUGGAUGUGGGCACACUGUUCUGAGCUUAAGGAGCGGAACAGUGGCCUCGAAGAAUUACCCAGGCACCUAUCCCAAUCACACAUACUGUGAGUGGAGCCUGAGGGUGCCACAAGGCCACACACUGCGCCUGACCUUUGGUGACUUUGACCUGGAGUGGAGCCAGGACUGCAGAGCCAGCUCACUCACGAUCAUAGACAAAAGUGGAGUAGAAAUACUGGGACCUCUGUGUGGGCAGUUGCCUCCCUCCAGCAGGAAUGUGUCUGUGAACAGUAGUGAAGUGACGGUGCACUUUGUGUCCCACACACACCGUUCUGGACGAGGCUUUCUGCUGUCCUACUCAUCUAAUCAACACCCAGAUCUUAUCUCAUGUCUUCAUCGAGGAAGCCACUUCACCUCCCAGCGAAUCAGUGUGUUCUGUCCUAGUGGCUGCAAGCAUGUGGCAGGAGAAAUAUGGGGUCAGCAUGAACAAGGCUACCGAGAUACGUCUGUGCUUUGCAAAGCUGCUCUUCAUGCAGGGAUUAUAUCAGACAGCCAGGGAGGAGUGAUCAAUGUGACCCAGCAGAGGAGCAUCACACUUUAUGAGUCAAGCUUUGCCAAUGGAAUUCUAUCCAGAACGGGUUCAUUGUCAGAUAAGAGGCUUGUCUUCAACAGAGCCUGUGACAGUCCACUACCUGUGAUGACUUACAAUGCCUCUUCAAUGUGGGAGGAGGAGGACAGGUUGAGCUGGCCUCUGGAAGACAGAGACUCCAAAGGCCACUUGUUGCACUGGUCAGCCAGCCCUCAGGAUCAGCAGCCAUGGCUGGAGCUGGAACUAUGGACCCGAAGUAACGUCACAGGAAUAAUUACAAAGGGACUUCCAAACUUCUACAUUGAGACUUAUAGUCUCAUGUUCAGCAAAGACCGCAAAAACUGGAAAGUUUAUAAAGAUUCAUCCAGCAAAGAGAAAAAGGUAUUUGACGCCUAUUCUGAUGGCCACACAAUUGCUCUGAACAGCGUAGUUCCUCCAAUAACAGCACGCUACCUCCAGCUCCGGCCACAGCGCUGGUAUGGCAGGGCAUCUGCACAGGUACAGGUGCUGGGCUGCAGCAUGUCCUCUUUCCGACCCCGCUCAAGGGGUGAUGUAUCAAUCACAGUGAAGCCAGUUCCUACAGAAAUGGUGCUGUUGCCUCAAGCCUCUACUGAGAGUCCUGUGAUCACAAAAUCUUUAAGUGAAAGCUCCGGCCAGCCAAUGCUAUUGGUGGUGGGUGUGGUUCUGGGCAUGGCUCUGUGUGUGGGUUGUUUGUUAGCAGGGCUUUUGUGGAGAAGAAGGAAAAAGGCUGUGCAAAUGAAGAAGUGUUGCCUUAACUCAGGUUCUCAGAGUUUUAACGGGAAGAAGCUGCCUUAUACAGACUCUGAGCUCAUAACCUACCCUCUGGCUAGGAGUGUACACGACAGCCUCCCAAACCCUCCUCUUAAUGACUAUGCCGAGCCUGAUUUGUCAGCAGGUGGGCAGAAGAUGGGCCUCACUUUCCGACCAGAGCUGGAGGAGGGUUACACCAUGCCUUUUGCCCUAAACCACUACGACACCCCGGGUCAGCUGCACGAGUAUGCAGAACCCCUUCCUCCAGAGCCUGAAUAUGCCACACCCUUCAGUGAGCAAUGCCCAGACCCCUCACAGCUGAACACACAACACACACACUCUCAGCUGUUUCAGGCAGGAUCUGGUGCUCAAGGCAAGAGGGUGUCACCAGGGCAGCCAGAGUAUGACUGCCCCGCUCACCAUGGCCUCUAUAACGGAUACUGUGCUCCAGUCUUCAAUGGCAGUGGCCCACGCAAGGCUAGUCUGAUCUACGCAGAGCCACAGCCACUAGAGGCGCUGCUGCAGCAUACCUACCACGAGCCCCUAUGAGUUACCACAGCAACCCUUAAGGGACAAAUGCAGUCAUGCUUAGCGUCUCUUACUGCUGCUUCACACUCAUAGUUUCAGUAACAUUUUUAACAUGUCCUCGUCAGCUCUGCCUCAUUUUUCCUCAGUGUCAUUUUAAGGGCUAUUUCAUUACUUUAUCAGCUCAAGUGAAGUUGGUUAGAUCAGAGGUAUUCAACUCCAGUCCUGGAGGCUGGGGUUCAGUAGAGUCUGGUAAUUGCUGCUCCAAAAAACAUCUGCUAAACCUGGCAAUUUUCAGAUGAGCUGAAUUAGGUCUGUUUUGAGCAAAAAUCAGCAAACUAUACCUCCAGGACCAGAGGUGAAGACCCCUGGGUUAGAUGACCCCUGUGAAGAGUGAUGGGUCAGGUCAACAUAAAUAAGUUUGACAGAAAUCAUUGCAAUCUUACAAAAUUUCUUUUUCUAACCUGAAAAAUGGUGGUUAAGACCUUGUAAAAUAAUACUUUUAACCUAUAAAAUUUGAUUUGCAACAUUAAAAUUGAGCUUUAUGCAGCAAGUACACAUUCUGUUAUAGAUGACAGCAAAUGCAACUUAUUUUCACUUUUUUAUUUUAGUUAGCAAGCUAAUUGAUGCACAACAACAACAGAAGAAAAGCAAUGCAACAUAGAGCUCAUUCUAGACAUAAAGCUUGGCCAUUCACAACGAUUGUAUAUGUUGCAUUUAGACUUGCACUCAGACUAAUUAUUUCAUGCAGGCUGGCCUAGACAAGAACAAGCAGGUUUGUAUAAAAAAAACUACCUCCCCCUGUCCAGUAUGUAUAUGAAUGGCCACUUGUAGAAUAUAGGUGCUAUGCACUUCUGAGUUGUGGGUCAAAGUUGGCAAGAGCAUGUUAAAAAUAUUGAAACGGAGGACAAGAAUAUUUAGGACUGUGAAUGCCUAAAGAGAGACAGAGGCGUAGAGGGAGACAAUCAGUGCCAUGCACUGUCAUCUCCACUCAAACUCCAAUAACCUCAUGCACUGCUAAUUGAACAAUUGUAUGCGUUUUCCUUAAAUGGACUUGCAUGAGUCAGUUUUAGGCACUUCUAUGCAUAUCCUUGAUUUUGUCUGUUCAGAUGUGAAUUCAGCAUGCAAAACCAUCUCUGUAUGUACAAAGAACAUUUAAAACCAAGUGCUAAUUCACAACAGUGAAUAAGAUGGAUUAUAAGAGUGAAAUAUUUACUACUGCCUUUUAUCCACUAAUGACUGACACUGAAAUGAGUCUGUUUUUUAUGAAGAUAGGAAUCUGGAGUUAAGUGAUUAUUUGGUGGACCACUGACUUUUUGUGUAUUUAUAUGAGUGUGUGUGCAUAUGGAAUAUAAAUAUGAUGUUAUAAAUACAUAUUUCCUUUUUAUUGUUGUAAAAUAAAGCUGUAAAGCUUUUUAUAGAAAGCAGAUUCCAUCACA